CUGACGUUGAGCCUUGGGCUAAGGUCUGCUAAGGUCGAGUUGUGUUCCACUUCCACCAGCUGCAGAUAGAUGGAUUCGAUCAGAGUCUCAAAGGUGGAAAAGGUAUUAUGCGGCAAGUCCGGCGGGGCUCAUUAUGGAUCUCUCCACCUCACUGCCCAUCACCUUAUAUUUCGGUAUGAGGAUUCUAAGAAAGAGGAGAUGUGGGUACCUUACCCGCUGAUAUCUCUUGUAUUGAAGCUCCCGCAAACAUUGCAUGGACAGAGCCCGCUAACGUUUCACACUCGGAUGUUUGAAACGUUUUCGCUGUCCUUCGAGAAGGAACGGGACGCCAUAGAUGUAUUUGAAAGUGUCAAAGAGCUGACCGUGUGUACCUCUGUCAACCAGUUGUAUGCAUUCUUCUACACCCCUAACCCGCCAUUCGAUGCUACGGGUGGAUGGUCAAUUUACUCUCCAAGAGAAGAAUUCGGCCGUAUGGGCGUUGGAACUCGUACGAAAGCUUGGCGAUUCACUGAUAUCAACAAAGACUACACUUUCUCCCCUACCUACCCGUCACGACUGGUAGUCCCGUCACGCAUUAGCGACUCAACGUUGCGAUACGCUUCCAAAUACCGCAGCAAAUGCCGAAUACCUGCACUCACAUACUUGCACUGGGCAAACGUUGGCAGCAUCACAAGAUCAAGCCAGCCGAUGGUGGGCAUUAAGCAGAACCGCUCACUUCAAGAUGAGAAACUCGUCGAAGCUGUGUUUCAGUCUCAUCAUUUCUCGGAAUUACGCCCAUCUGGACCCGUUUACGGUGCCACUAGCACAAAUUUGAUAGUUGACGCACGGCCGACUGCCAAUGCUGUGGCCAACACAGCCAAAGGCGCAGGCACGGAAAAUAUGGAUAACUAUAAGGACGCCAAGAAGGUAUAUUCAGGCAUAGACCACAUACACGCCAUGCGUGAGGCCCUUGCCAAGGUGGUGGACGUAUUGCGCGAGGCUGACAACGUCGCUGCAAGCGUUACCGGCAGCCUCCCCGGUGAAGCACAACAGCUUGUUGUUGUCGACCGGCAGGCGCUGCGUCGUUCUGGAUGGCUCAGACACAUGUCGAAUAUACUGGAAGGCGCAGCCCUCAUUGUUCGAAACAUUCACAUUAACUCGUCACAUGUCCUCAUCCAUUGUUCAGAUGGCUGGGAUCGAACAUCGCAGUUAUCGGCUUUGGCUCAGUUAUGCUUGGAUCCCUAUUAUCGCACAAUCCGGGGAUUCCAGAUACUCAUCGAGAAAGAUUGGGUAUCCUUCGGGCACAAAUUUUUUGACCGGUGCGGGCACCUGUCCUCCGACAAAUUCUUUACCUCGCUACCGGACACUGGGGGGACGAGUACUAGCGCUGAUGCGGCGCAGGCCUUCCUGGUUUCUGUCCAGAAUCGAUUCGCUUCCCAAAGCCACCUGAAGGAGACGAGCCCAUGUUUUCACCAAUUCCUGGAGUGCGUUCAGCAGCUGCAGCGUCAGUACCCUUCUCGCUUUGAGUUUAAUGAGCGCUUCCUUCGCCAACUGCUAUAUCAUCUCUAUUCGUGCCAAUUCGGCAACUUCUUAUACAAUUGUGAACGAGAACGACGAACUGGUGAAGAUGGCGUUGUUCCCUCAGAGCGGGCAGCUUGUAUCUGGGACUUUUUCAACUCAACAUCAGAGCUGGAACAGAACAAGAACGACGCAUACGAUCCCUCUUUGGAUGAUCCCUCAAGUAGAGAUCCUUCAGCUGACAUGGGCGUGCUCUAUCCGAAUUCCAAGGAUAUUCGUUUUUGGCACGAGCUUUAUGGCAGGACUGAAGAAGAGAUGAAUGGGAGGAUAAUUGUCUUUCAGACAAAGGAGGGCCCCGAAUUUACACCCCCAAGCGAUUCAGUGGAAGAUGACCCUGUCAAUUCAAUCAGUGUUCCCGCGGGAAUACCACUUCCACCGUCACCUGCCAGAACGCCAAAUCUUUCGAAUCCUUCUGCUGUGCCAUCCAGCGUUGCGUCUGAAACGCUGACUGCGGGCCUUCGCGGACUAUGGUCCUCAUUACCAGAUAUUCCUCAGAGAACAACUACAGACAAUGUCGCAGCUCCGUCCCCCACAUCAUUGCGGCCUUCUGGCCCUCCCCUUCGACCAUCAUCUCCAGGGAGCAUUUCUUCAUCCUUGGGUCGCACUCGGACGGCCAAUUCCGCGGAUGUGUUUUAUAACACCGGAGUGAGAUCAGUGUGGGGAAAAUUAUCCUCGAAUGCCACCGCGGCAUUCUCAGCGAUGCAGGACGCUUAUGAUGGAGUUGCGAAGGACUUCAAGGCGUUACCGAGGCCAUCAGGAGAUAACGAAGAUGGCCAAGGAAAAUUCUCCGAGCUUCAGUCUCGUGAGCGUCUUGGAGAUGGAGAUCACUCUGCUUAUCGUGUAACCAGCCAGGCAUAUCCUGCCGCCGGAUCAUCAUAUAACCCUUGGGAUAGUAUGAAACCGCAGAAGACUUCACAUGUCCUUCCCUCCGAUAAUCCCUGGAGUACUACUAGGUCAAGAUCGCCUAGACAAACCUCCUUGUCACAAGAUCUCUUCGAUGGGAAACCAUUACCGCUUGACCCAACAGUCGCACAUCCACCUCGUCGCCUGGAGUCAAACGACUCGUCAGAAUUCCGAAUAUCUGGGCAGAGCCAUAAUAUCGGUGUACCCUAUCUCACGGCUGUGUCUGAUGAAAGCCUUGUUAUAGAACAGGAAGAUCAACCUCCCUCGAUAAAUACAGAUCCUCUUGGUGUAGGAUUUUUGUAAUAAUUAGUUCGCUUGGCUAUCAGCCGCUAUCAAGCUUUCAGGACCCACGUUACAUAUGCUGUGAAGGCUCAAUUGAACUUUUUCCCUCCAUCAUAUCUGAAACUCAUGGGAAUCUGGUUAUGCCACGUUUGAGUCUGCUAUCUAUUGUGAGGACGUAACUGUGUUGUGUUUUGACAAGUGGAUGGCAGAGGAUGGCGUGAUGCACGGCUUAUGUAAGCCAUGUUGA